UCGUUCACCGCGCUCUUCAGUUUUCGCACUGACAGAAACAGUUUCGCUUUGGAUUUGUAGAGCUGGGAAAUUUUACACUAUUUUCCUCUCCCGCGGCGUGUUCUCUCCGCUCCCUGGAUUUGUUAGUUCUGUGAGUUUGUGCUACCCAUGGGGGAGCUCUUCGACAUAACCAUGUCUUAUCAACAGUGUGGUCGGAAUUACAGUGCUUCCAAUAAAAAAUAUCCUGCUUUCGGUUCUUUGACUGUCAACCAAAAUUCUAAAACUCCCUAUUCAGACGCUACUCGGUGUAAGAAAAAAUCUUCCCAUGUGAAAAGGCCCAUGAACGCUUUUAUGGUGUGGAGUCAAAUAGAAAGGAGAAGGAUUUGCGAAGAACAACCUGACAUGCAUAAUGCUGAAAUCAGCAAAAGACUGGGAAUGAUGUGGAGAUUGCUCGACGAGGAUCAAAGGAAACCUUUUGUAGAAGAGGCUGAUAGACUUAGACAGUUGCAUCAAAUUCAGUACCCGGAUUAUAAGUACCGUCCACGCAAAAAGAAAGCCCUACCACCAGUGAAGCCCACCAAAACAAAAUCAAACAGCGCAGUGAAUCGAACAUCGGCUGCGACCAUCAUCAUCGCCAACAGCAGGCAUGGUGUCGGUAAACUAGUGCAGCGCGGCGUAAAACAAAUAAGAAAUUGCGAAGAAAAUCGCAAUCGAGUGAAACUGUGUUCUACAAGCUUCAAGCUGAAGCUGCUAGAAAAGAAAAUUAAAAAGAGUGAUUCCGAAACUAAGUACUCUCCUGUUACCAAAUACGUCCCAGUGACCAACGUCCAGUCCGAUGCUUCGUCAGACGCAUCUUCUCCAGAACCAGCACAGGAGCCAGUAGUUUACAAAAAACCAGUGACAACCACCUUGACUAAAGCCCCGUCCACUGUAACGUCGUCCCUUAUGUCAGUUUUCACGCCUGUGUCUGUGAAAGUCGAACCACAUUCUUCAGAAUCGGACUAUAAUUCAUCGUCCAGUCCGAUUCCAUCAUCUAGUGGUUCUAGCUCAACUUUUGACGAUUUACCGGACAUCAGCGACUUAACGGAUAUGCUAGAGUGUCCGGCUAACUGGAAUAGUGUUCUGGAUAACGAACCUUUACCGAUAGAUCUGGAUAAUACGCCGCUACCAUUGGAUAUUCCGGAUUAUUCGAGUAUUUUCGGCAGCGAUUUCUUAGACAGCAAUGGACUAUCAAAUUUGUGCCUAAAUGACAAUUCCAGGUGGGAUUUAUUAAUUAAUGGAGCAUGAAGAAACUGUAGCUAGAAGUGAGUGAAUUAUUUUAAGAAUUUCUCAAAUUGCUCUCAAAAAAUAUAUUCAUUUACCCGCUAUACCUUUAUAAAAUGCUUCUACUCUUUUUUAUUACAUGCAAUGUAUAAUGUAAGCUUCAACAAAUAUUUAUCAGUAUUGUUUGUGUGAUAUAUGUGCGAGAAAAAUUCUCAAUGAGCUGUUAUUCGAACUAUUUGUGGAGAGCACAUGUUUAAUAUCAUAAGUCUAUCUUCCGUCAUUACUUCUCAGUUGCAGUUAAAAAAAACUCAUUUAAUUUGUCUUGAAAAGACUGGUAGUUUUAUUUUUAUCACUGAGGAACGUUACUUAUUCUGUUCUACAGAAAGCUCAAACAGACGAUAAUUUCUUAGUGAGGAGGUUUUUUUUAAUGAUUUUUUUUAUUAUUUUACAUAUUCGGAAUAUUGCCCCAGAGUAUAUUCAGUGAAAUUUUAUAUAGAUGUAAAUAGAUAUAUUCUUUCAUCAUAUUUAGCAAUAUGUUGUAUAGAUUUUUCAAAUUUUAUUUCGUUUGAAAAUAUCGGUAGCAAAUAAUAUCGAAUUUUUUAAUAAUUGUACAUUCACGAAAAAAUUUCAGAGUGUAAAUAAAAUUGUAUUAAAUUGAAAUUAUCGCCUUUACCAAACAAUUAUGUUUUUGAGCUUAAAAGAAAUAUAAGUAGCUAUGCCAGAUUUUGUGAAAAACAAAAUAAAAAAUAUAUAUUUUCGUUUUUGCAAAACGAUAACUUAUUUUGUUAUAAAAAAACAAACUCAGAUAUCAUUUAUAUGAAAUCUGAUUGUAAAUGGAUUACCAGUCGAAAAUUAGUCAUGUUAUUUCAGUUCCUACUUUAUUAUUUUAUUAUUAUUUUUUCUCUUUAGUUCAGUGUGAGUCAGGGUUAGCUUUUCUCACUUUUUUGUUGGACAUUUAUGAUAUAACUGCAACCGUAGUAUAUAUAAUUGUUGUUUCUUGUUGCAGAAAAUAGUGAGCUUUUGUUAGUUUUCAAUGAAAAAAAAAAGAAAGGAAACAUUGCUAUGUUUUCUUUUAACCAUCCGUUAUUAUUAGAGUGAUUUUGUUUUAUUUUUAUAAUUUUUUAUUGAGCAAAUUUAUUGAAUUCUGGUGCAAAAUUGCACUGUUGAAAAUUGUUUGAAAUUAUUACGAUUUUAUCCAUGUUGUUAAUUUGUUUGAAUUAAAAGUGAGCAGUAAGAUAUAAUGAAACAAUAUAUUAAGGAAUCAAAAUUGGUAAUUAAAUAUUAAUUCUCUUCAUUGAAAAGAAAAUAUUAGUUUUUCACACUACGUAUAUAAUGUCAGUGAAAAUCUGCACAAACCAUAACAAUGCCAUAGUAAAUUUUUUCAGUACAAAACCCCUUAUAUAUGUUGUCUGUCAGUGAUGUCUUUUUUCAUUAUCAUACUGCACCUGCUCAUUUGUAUAAAUUUACAUAAGAUCAUAAAUUAUAUAUUCUUAGUUAGCUGUUUUUGUAUAGUUUUUAAUACCUCAUUGUACAGUUUUUGUUCUCCAUAUUCGAAGGAGGCUGAUUUAAAUAAAUUUUUCUAAGCCAAAAACAUCUGUAAAAGAUUGUAUAUUUUUUCACCGCAUCUUUUCAAUGAUGCUGCAAGUUUUCUAGGGGCCAUGUAUUAAAAAAGAUAAUUCACCAUAUUUUAAGUAUGUGUAAUUAUGCACAAUUCAAGUCAGAUUUUUUACCUCAAAUUGCUCAAGCUGUGAAUUAUAUGCAAUCUAAUAAAAAAAAAAAGUAGAUUAAUAUGUUAAAUGCAGUAUAUUUUUGACCCUUUAUGCAUUAACAAAUAAAAUAUACAUUUUAAAGGGUUUGUUGCUUAUUCAAUUUAAAAGGGCUUUUAAAGCAAAAAAAAAAGUCAAAUGUAAAAUUGAAAACAUAAUUAUUUAAUAUUUCUAUAAUUAAUUUUUAAAUAGCCUUAUUGAAUGUCUUUAAAAGCUUAUUAUUUCUGAAUAAGAAAAUGCUGAAAUUUUAACAAUUAUUUACAAAUAUGAUGCAUAAAGGGUAAAUUAAAAACAUUUAUUGCUAUUCAAGUCAUUUAGAUUUGUAAAAAAAAUAAAUCUUAAUUUACUCAUUAAUUAAUUAUUUACUUUAAUCCAUUAUUUAAUGUUUCCAAAAUAAGAAAUUCUAUGUUCAACUUUAAUAAUAAAUUAAUUUAAAAAUUCUUACUGUGAAUUUCUUAAUUGUAUUUGAAUUCUAUGUGUUAAAAUUAACAAAAAAUUUUAAAAAAUAUAUUUGUGAAAAGAUACUUUGUUUUGAGUGUGCAUUAUUGCCAAUGUAUAUAUGGUGGAAAAAUAAAAAGUUGUUUACUUA